AUGGCGCCCGAGAAGCAUACCGUGAGCUCGCCGCACGCCCCCGAUGCGAAGCGCCGACGCGACGACACUAAACAAGAUCCGCCAAUCAGUCCGAAUGCUGCAAUUCCCGUGGUUCAUCGCGAGAAUGCGACCAUCGGCGCGACCAUCGGCGCGCACAUCAAACCCCCGCAAUCGCUAGAAGAAGUUUUUGCGCUCUUCGAGAAUCGAGACGAAGAUGAUGACGAGGAAGACGAUGACGAGGACCAGGAUGUUGAGGACGACGAUGAUGACGAAGCUGCGAAGCCAGUGAGCAUGAGCCCGGUCGUUGAGCCUCCAAAGCCGGUGCGCUCAUUCAAACCCCCGGGGGCGCGAGAUCCAAACGCAGCUCGGAAGGAUGCCAGCAUGAACCCAUGGAGGUUCCGAAAAUUAGACUAUGGGCCUUUGCAUUCUAAGAGCAAGAAUGGAAUCCCAGACUACACCUCAAGUAAGGAAGACCGAUCAUCAAUGAUCCAGCACGCGACAAAGACAAACAAUUUAGGCAAGAAUCGCGAAGGUCAAUCGGGGGACAAAAAGGAUAAUGGGAGCGGAAAUCCCUCGUCAAUAGUUCAGACAUCCCCAAACGAUACGGAUGAACAGCGUUCAGUCGAGAAGCUGGUCGGACGUUCCUACCGCUUAGGCUAUGACGAGUCGGACUCUGGAGUUAACGACUCUGACGAGCUGGAUAACGACUCUGGCGAGCUGGAAAAUGUGGCGGACAUGACUGGCUCGCUCGUCGCACCGAAAGCUGACAGCAAGAGCUCGACCAUCGAGGAAGCUGCGCAAAGCACCAGCAUGGAGCAAUUCGCCAUCAAAGUACAGUCAGACGCAACAGCAAGCAAUAUCGACAUCAUGAAGCAAGAGACUGAAUCAAGCCUUCCCUCAACACUCACGCCCAUCAUACCCUCGGCUCCGGACUGGGCACCUUUCUCCCACAAACCGAUCUAUCUUGGCGAACCUGGUCAUGGUCGAUUUAAGUCUCGUAUCGUCUUUGAAGCGGAUACUAUCCCUCAUGAGCAGCACUAUGCUGAGACUACGUACGGGAUUACCACCAGCAGUCGCAUGAGCGCACUCGAAAAGCUGAUGGAGUGGCGUCAGAAUUUCGGUAGCAAAUCGAAGGAUGGUCAACUGCGUAAGGCUGAGCGCCUUAUCAUUCUCAAUGAGCGCGAACCCUCAAUGGCGCGGAAUGAGCUUUCUCGCCACACCGAUUCGCUCAUGAGGCUAGGCAAGUGGCUGAAGCAGUUCAUGCCCGACAGCUUUGUCGUGAUCAAGACCACCAUUCCUGCCAAUGCCCACACGAAGGCGGGUAGAUUUGGUGCAUAUAUGGAGGCGCUGUGGCAGCUCUUGGCGAAUCACCCCUUCCAUUUCUUCGUGGAACUAGAGGAUAGGUCCAUAUUGACUAUGGGCAACGCAAGCAACGCGCAUGGAGGCAUGAACGAGGAACUUGCUUCCGCGAUCAACUUUGUUAACUCCGUUGAGUUCUUUCGGGUACAUGGGCACCUUAUGGCGGGGGGUCAGAAGCCAUUCGCCACCAUGAAGUCGAAGAAGAAACAGAAUAAGACUGCACAAAGCUCCAUCGACCCAGAGCGCGAGGCAAAGAAUGUCACCGCUGUUCUUCCCUGGAUUCCCGAGAGUUUCGCCCGGAAGUACUAUGAGGAUUGUGUGGCAUUUCCUGAUCAAGAUUUCGGUCCUCUGGAGUUCGACCAGAGGGGCACAAAUCCGGACACGCUGAUGCCGCAGGAGGUGAUUCGCUAUAUAGCAUCGAUGAAUAGGUACUUGUUCGCCAACCUCGGUCAUGCGAGCCAGGGCCCGCCAGUGUCAAUGGGAAAUUCGUAUGGAUCGUGGGCUAUAUAG